AUAAUGUCAGGCGAUGCUCAAGAUAUUCUCGGGGCAACUUCUAUGUCAAGAAGACAACAAUCCUCAGCACUACCUAAUUUAAAUUUAACAAAUGUUGACAAAAAGACAAUUAAAAAAUCUGAUCAGAUCAAAAGACCUGCAGGUAUGCAUCGAGAAUUGUUUAAUUUAUUUGUUCAUCAGGGAAAAGAUAAUAAUAAAGAAAAAAUCGAAUCUUUAGCGCCAACAAAUACGAAACAUGGUUAUUCUGUUGUUAAAGCAGAUUUUGGUAAACGUAUUGUUCGUAAAUGGAUGUGGAAACCUUUUUUGAAUGAUGCUAGAGAAGAUGGAUUACAACUUUCUCAUUGGGAGAGGGAAGACUUGAUUGGACAACCAUAUCAAUUUGCCCGGUUUAAUAAACAAUUAGAUCUAGUUACAUUCACUGAUAUGGAAUAUGAUGAAUAUUUGGAUGAUGAACGUUGGAAUAAAGAAGAAACAAUUCAUUUACUCGAUUUAUGCCACAGAUUUGACCUUCGUUCAACGUGUGGUUCUCCUUCUGUCGUUGGUGGGACUUCGACCAGCAGUCGUGCAGCACAUCGGCGAUCUCUCAAACGGCUUAGGACCCAAGCUUCGUUGGCUUCUGAUCAAUUAAUGCCUGUAUAUUUUACACAACGAAAACUUAAUAAUAUUGGAAUGGUUGUUACUUCACUACAAAUUGUUUCAAUUGGUUUGGAGUAUCCCCCAGCAACAGAAGAAAUUGUUAAACUUUACAAUGAUUUUCGUUCAAAUAUUGUUCUUUUACAAGAACUUAAAACAGCGGUAUAUAAUACAGAACAAGAGCUUGACCAAUUGUCAAAUCGGUUGAGAACAGAAAAAAAUAUUGAACUUUCAAUCGAGCCAAGACUUAGAGUUAGUGAAGCAUUUUAUGAAGAAUUUACUAAAAAUCCAGCUAGUUUAAACGAAAUAAAUUCAAUAGAAGGGGAAGGGAAAUCUUCAGGGAAAACUGGAGGGAAGGGAGGUAAACAACAAAAACAAUUGCCAAAACUAGCACCAGUAACUUCUCGAAGGAUUACAAGAAUGAUUGAAACAAAUCCAAUUUCUAUGACACAGACACGGAAAAAACGUACAACAAUUACUGCUGAGGGAACUUUAACAAGAUCAUCAAUCCAACAAUAA